AUGCAACUGUUCCGUUUGUGUUUCAUGGACAUUCUUCGCUCAAAGGUGAGUGUUGCCAAGAAAGCAAAUAUGAUAUUUCUCUUCUUCUUGCUACGGAAGCUUAUCUUGCCAUACUACUCAUUCACUCUCUUCUGCGUCAUUCUUCCAUUAACAAUGUUCUUCCUAGAAGCUAACUUACCAUCCUGGGUUGUUUGCUACAUACCCGUGAUCAUGUCCAUCUUAAACAUCAUCCCAGCCCCAAGAUCCUUCCCUUUCAUAGUCCCGUAUCUCCUGUUUGAAAACACCAUGUCGGUUACCAAAUUUGGAGCCAUGAUCUCUGGUUUGUUCAAGUUUGGAAGUUCUUACGAGUGGGUAGUCACCAAAAAGCUGGGGAGGUCCUCUGAGGCUGAUCUGGUAGCAUAUGCAGAGUCAGGUUCUCAGGUCGAGCCCACAAGCAUCCAAAGAUCAUCCUCUGAUUCAGGUGUAACCGAGCUUAGCAAACUAGGAGCAGCAAAGAAAGCUGGGAAAACUAAAAGAAACCGUUUGUACAGAACAGAAAUCGCUCUCGUGUUUAUCCUCUUGGCAGCCUCAGUGAGAAGCUUGUUGUCUGCGCAAGGGAUCCACUUCUACUUCCUCUUGUUCCAAGGACUCACUUUCGUUAUUGUUGGUCUAACACGAUAG